UUACAUUAAUUACACAACACUUAAAUAAAUAGAACAGUUAAAUAAGAAUAAAGUUAAAUGAAAGAACGAUCCGUAUGAACGAUUCGUGAACGAACUGUAGUGCCCGCUGCUCUCUACACAGCCUGAGUCACGCUGGAUUAUUAGUGAUGUGUAGUUCGUUAACGAUUCGAACUACACAUCACUAAUAAUCCAGCGUUAACCACCCUGCAGCCACAGGAGUGUGUGUGUGAGAGAGAGAGUGUGUGUGUAUUCUUGGUUAGGAUGAAGCUGUAACCUGAGCUCGUCCUCCCCGCUGACUCUCAGUGAAUUAUUCAGUGUUGUUAGAGAGGCUGAAAGUGAAACCAAAGAGAGGGAAGAAAGUCAAAAUACGAAUAUUUAUCAGAAGUUGAAACAACUUAAACAUUUUAACGACAAGAAUUAUUUUCUUGAGAUUUAAUUCACAUGUAACUCAGGAGUAAAACAGAUCAAUGUUUAUCACAUUUUCUGUUUCUAAUGUAGAAUUUCUCUUUUUUUCCUUUCUUUUCUAACGCUCCUGUUUUCCUGGUGAGCAGAGGUUUCAUUUCAGUAACCAGCACUGGUUACCAGUGACUGCCAUAGUAACUGUGUUCAUGUAAGUGGAGACAGCGUGUGUGUGUUCAGUCUCCCUGUGUGUGAAGACCUGCUGCAGACUGAGGGCAGCAGACAUGAACAGGAAGGACUGUGUCAGAGUGGCCGUCAGGGUCCGACCCUUCAACAAGAGAGAGAAGGAUGCAGGCAGUCGAUGUAUCAUCUCCAUGGUUACCAGCUCUGUCACCAUCCAGGACCCUCAUGACCCUCACAACCGCCGCUCCUUCUCCUUCGACUACGCCUACUGGUCCCACAGCGGCUUCUUACGUGAUCAUAACGGCCUGUAUGUGCCUGAGGAGCCGGGGGGACGCUACGCUGACCAGGACAGUGUUUUCCAGGACUUGGGGGAGGGAAUCCUUGAGAAUGCACAGCAGGGUUACAACGCCACCUUGCUGGCCUAUGGACAGACCGGGUCUGGGAAGAGUUACUCCAUGGUCGGCUACGGGCCGAACAAAGGCCUGGUCCCAAAACUGUGUGACCGACUGUUUGAAGACAUCAGAGGAAACCAGGCAACCAGACAGUGUCAGGUGUUCUUCAGUAUGAUGGAGAUCUAUAAUGAGCAGGUGAUCGACCUUCUGUCUCGGAGUUCUCGUACGUCAGGUGUUCUCCGGGUCAGAGAGGAGCAGCACAGAGGUUUCUAUGUAGAGGGUCUGCGGACGGUUCCCUGUGACAGUGCUCAGCAGGUGGAACAGCUGAUGGAACAGGGAACCAGGACUAGAACUACAGCUGCCACUCACAUGAAUGCUAACAGCAGUCGCUCACACAUGCUAAUCAUCCUGCAGCUCAAACAGAUCUUCUCCAAAGAGAACAUCACCAAACAGUCCUCCAUUAACCUGGUGGACUUGGCUGGCAGUGAGCGUCAGAGGUCAUCGGGGUCAGAGGCUGACCGGCUGAAAGAGGGAACAGCCAUUAACCUGAGCCUCACUACUCUUGGUAAUGUCAUCAGCGCUCUGGCCGACGUGGUGGUGGGGAAGAGAGCGGUCCACAUUCCCUACAGAGACUCAGUUCUCACCAAGCUGCUACAGUCAGCUCUGGGAGGAAACAGUCGCACUGUGAUGAUCGCCACCCUGAGCCCUGCGGACAUCUUCUACGAGGAGUCUCUGUCCACACUACGCUACGCUGAGAGGGCCAAGCACAUCCAGAACCAGGCGGUGGUGAAUGAGAGCCCCACUGAGCGCAUGGUCAAAGAGCUGAAGGCUGAGAACGCCAGACUGUUGCAGCGGCUCAGCCGCCUGGGCCAAGAUGGACGCCGAGCAAACGAGGAGACCAAGGAGCUCCGUCAGCUGCUGACCAACAAUGAACUCCAGAUCAGAGCCAUCCAGACUCUGUGGGAACAACACCUGCAGGACGCACUCAAGGACUGGGAGCUGCAGUACGCCACCAUCACUCAGGAGAGAAGGAUGAUUCAGAUGUUUCCCUCCAUCCACAACAUCAACGAGGACGCGCAGCUCUCUGGUGUCGUCAAGCUUUUCAUCAGAGAAGGUGAAUGGGACGUGGGUCUGUGUGACUCCCCACAGUCCAUUACCAUCAGGGGUCUGGGGAUCCAAGAGCAUCACGCAGUCUUCAGGAAUGAACAGCGCAGGGUAACAGUGACCCCACACCAGGGGUCAAAGGUUAUCGUCAAUGGUCAAACUGUUACCCAGACAACUGAGCUGCAGCACUUGGAUCGUCUUAUUCUGGGAUCCAACAGCACCUACCUGUUCAUUGGCUAUCCAUCAGAGAGGGGCGGAGAAGACUGCAGUCGCUAUGACUACGACUACUUCCAGUCUGAACUGGCUGCUGCUGAAGGCAUCCACCUGGGUGAGUCCAGUCCUGGCGGUGGUCAGACUGACCCCAGUCUCCUGGCAGUUUUCUAUGACUACAUCAAACUGAUGCCAAUGGUGGCUGAAGCCAAUCAGAUGAGCCAGGAGCUGAAGAAGGACAUAGAAUUUAAACUGGAGAUCAAGAAUUUGGCAGCGUCGGAUUCAAAAGGUCAUGACCUGGAAAAAGACGUUGUUGUCAGGGUGACAUCGUUGCCAAGGAAACAGGUGUGGGUGUGGUCCAAGAACAAGUUUGUCAACCGAAAGUUCCUGAUGGAAGAACUGUACCAGCAGCAGCAGCAACAGGCGGAGCAGAGAACUGUUGAUCAGGGAGGACAGGACACGUCCAGAGCUGCAGCGCUGCAGGACAAAGACCCGUUCUGGGACCCAGUGGAGCCCCUCCUGUUGGGCACCGCCCACCUGUGGCUUCAGUCUCUGGUCUUUCGUAUCCCCCUGGAGGAGCAGCUGGAGGUUCUGAGUUCAGAGGGAAGAGCAGAGGCCAUUCUUCAAGUACAGCUGGUUCCCUGCAGCUCUACUGGACUGUAUGACACACACACACACACAUACACACACACACUUUCACUCACACACACCAUUCCAGACUUCUCCUGUGUUCCAGUCCACUUGGGGAGGAUGGAAUCCUCAUGGAUCCUUCAGAGUUGCUGGGACAACGUCUGGACUUCCAGCUGGUCCUGGACCAGUGUUUUGGUCUGCACUGGCUUCAGGAUCUUCGACUGCAGCCAGCCGUUCUACACUCCAGCUGUGUGGAACCAGGUCAACCCUCUGCUCCAUCACCACAUCCACCUCACAUCUCUGCACACCACCUCCUCCCUGCUGGACUACCUACAGAGCAGCGCCGUGGUGCUGGAGAUGUGGGCGCUCCAAGACGGCUGUACAGAGCUGGUUUCCUCUGUAGAUGAAGGGAGGAUGACCAGUGACGGCACCUUCAUCAUGGACACACCUCCUCCUCCUCCUCCAGCUCCAUCCAAAGCUUCAUCUGCAGAGCUCAGCUGUUCAGUGAAAACUCUUCAACAGGAAGUGACACAACUUCAAAGACUCAAUGCAUCACUGAUGAAAGAAAACACCAGUCUGAGAGAACAGCUCCACAACACCAGGAAUGACUGUCCCGCGGCCUGGUACUGUAGCAGUCUGUUUUUGGACUCUGAUCCUUAUCUUCCUGCUGGUGUCUGUGCUGCAGGUGAUGACGGCGGCCGCCGUCGUUCUCUGCGUCCCAGCUGUGACGCAGACUUGGCUCGUGCUCUGAAGGUUUUCUACCACAGCAUGACAUCAGUGCGAGCUCAGCUGCAGCGUCUGUGUCGACACAGGCCCAGUGAUGAGUCUGACCUGCUGGGGCUGCGACUCUUCGUCAAUGAGCACAGUCGUCUGACCAAAGACUUCUCAGAGCAGCUGGAUCAGACCGUCUCCAGGCUCAAACAUGACGUCGCUGCCAUCGUUCGCUGGAAACGAUCAGCGAACUGCUCCUGACCUGUGUCUGUACGGUUCUCUCCUCCGUCUGAUCAUGUGAUUAGCAGCAUGGUGUCUGACUGGACACGGCGAUACACUAGAUACCUCAUCAUUACACAUAAGUGAUGCCCCAUCACUUGACUCAUGUGAAGUAUUUUCAAAAUAAAGGUCUUUCCAGAGCCUCUU